AUGUCGAUCCCAUCUAUCUCUCGUUUGUUCGAGGCUGGACUGAGGAACUCUCCGUCGCGAUCAGGAUUCUUGGAUUCCUUAGUUCAACAGCAGCUCGAGAUAGCUUCUCGAGAUAUGGAAAUGAAUACGCCUCCGCCUUCAUCCUUUAAUUCGGAGGAUCUCGUAUCCGAUCUUGGCGAAUACUUUACCCGCACUGCAGCAAUAUGGGCUCAACUCACACAGCGGCUCAUUAAAGGCCCUCAUAUUAUCCAGGCAUCCUUCAGGGCCCACGAGCGCUCCAGGACAGAAAGCCGCAUGUCCGACCUUGCUGAGCUCGCCAAAAUUGACAUGGGGUUAUCAAAACUGAGGCAAAUCGGAGAUCUCAGCGACCGAUUUUCUCGCGAGGUCCAACAAGUCUGGUGGCCAAACGUCUCUAUAAUAAAUGGAGGGGGGCAGGAAGUUUUGCAGACCUCUGUCUUACCAUUCUGUGAUAAUAAGAUAUCUUCCAUUUCAGAGUCCGUGUCCUUGACUAAUGAGCCUGAUUCGGCACAUUUUACAUCUCGCAAACUUUUGCCAGACAAAAGCCAGUUGAGCCACGCCGGUAUUGGCGGCGGUGGAUUCGGAUCAGAAGACUCAUCUGAUGACGAUGAGCAAUUCCAAGCUAUAGAUAUGGAGGCCCUUAGACAAAGAGGCAAAGGGGUGUAUCUCUGUCCAAAAGGCAUGAAGUGUGACAAGGGUGGAGUUGAUAAGGACGGCAAUCUUGUCGUCUUCGACAGAAAUUCAUCGUUUGCGUACGUUCCUCUCCUGAUCCGCUGCUCACCUCGAGAAGCGCCGCCAAUCCCCUGA